CUGAUGCAUUACUGGAAUCCCAAGUCCUUGAAAUUACUUUAACUAUAAAAAGGUGUGUUUUACGGUAAAUUUUCAGUGAAUGCAUCACAUAUAUCAUCAAAAUGAUCUCUAAGAUUGCAGUGUUAGUUGCUGUUUUUGCAGUUGCCAAUGCCAGUAUUCUUCCACUUAUAAACACAGGAGUAAGCAGUAGCAUCAGGAAACAAGAUGAUUUGGGGAACUAUGCAUUCAGCUACGGAAUUGCCGACGGAAUUGGAGCCACCAACUCCAGGUCAGAAAGUGGAGACAUUGCUGGGAACAAAAUUGGAUCAUACACUCUCACUGAUGUCGACGGAAGAGCUAGAAAAGUCAACUAUGUUGCUGACGCUGCUGGAUUCAGAGCUUCUGUGAGCACCAAUGAGCCAGGAACCGCCCUUAGUGCCCCAGCAGCUGCUGUUAUCAACAGCCCCUAUGCUCCUCCAGUUGCACCUUCAGUGCCAGCUAUUGCACCUAUGAUUCCCACAAUUGCAUCGGGAGUGUCAGCUUUAUCUCCCAUGAUCCCAGCUAUUGCACCCGGCAUUGUUGGACAUGGAGCUAUUCUCGGAGCACCUGGAAUUAUUGGCAAUGGAGCUAUUCUUGGAGCAUCUGGAAUUAUUGGCAAUGAGGCUAUUCUUGGAGCACCUGGAAUUAUUGGCAAUGGAGCUAUUCUUGGAGCAUCUGGAAUUAUCGGAGCUGGUAUCAUCGGAAAAUCUCUCAGCAUUCGAAACAUUUACUUAAGAAUGGUUUUUACUAAUCCUGGUGCCAAAAGACGGGAACCAAGAGGUGAUAUAAUUCCUGGAGCAGCAACAAGUCCUGGAGCAAUCAAUCCAGAGUUGAUAGCUAAAGGUGCUCCAAUCAAUCCAGAGUUGAUAGCUAAGGGUGCUCCAAUCAAUCCAGAGUUGAUGCCCAAGGGGGAUCCAAUCAAUCUCUUUCCAAUAACAGGUGCACCAAUCAAACCAGAGCUAAGAAGGGGUGCUCCGAUCAGACCAUUGGUUCCAAUCACUCUAGUAUCAACAGUUGUUGCUCCUGGAAUGGAGACGACGGAUCCCGUUUUGACUGUUGUGGGUAUAGCAAGGGGGGAGAUGAGUCCUGGACCAAUGAGAGUUGCUUGGGAAGCCGCCACAAGGACAAUUAUCUUGUGCGUUGCACUUGCAGCUGUAAACGCCAAUGUUCUUCUAUCAGCUCCUCUUCUUAGCACAGGAGUAAGCAGUAACGUGAGAAAACAAGACGGUUUAGGAAAUUACGCAUUUAGCUAUGGAAUCGCUGAUGGAAUUGGAGCCACCAAUUCUAGAUCAGAAAGUGGAGACGCCGCUGGAAAUAAAAUUGGAUCAUACACUCUCACCGACGUCGACGGAAGAGCUAGAAAAGUCAGCUAUGUUGCUGACGCUGCAGGAUUCAGAGCUUCUGUCAGCACAAAUGAACAAGGAACCGCCCUCAGCGCCCCAGCAGCCGCAGUCAUCAACAGCCCUUACGCCCCACCAAUAGCUCCAGCAGUUGCUCCCGUAGUACCAGCUAUUGCCCCUGCCCUUGGCUUAGCUCCUUUGAUUCCAGCUAUUGCACCCAGCGUUUCCUCAUAUAGCAGCGUAGUUGGCCAUGGAGCCAUUCUUGGAGCACCCGGUAUUCUUGGAGCUGGUAUCAUUGGAAAGCCUCUAAUUUGGUAAAUUUAUGGAUCUAUAGAAUGCACGAGAAUCUGGAACUGUGAUUAAAGGACACCUCCACAAAUGGGGCCAAAAUAUGUGAUCAAUAUAAGUGUCUGUUAUGUAUCUAAAAUUUGUUUUUCUAAGUUUUGACAUGUCUUUCAUUAGGAAUUAAUUAUUUUAUAAAUAAAUAUUAUAUAUUUGCCAGCAA